UUACAUUUACAGUGUGCGAGCGAAACCGGGAGGUUACAGAUCGCAUGUCGUUUGUCACAACUAACGUGAUCAGUUGUUUACUUUCGAAAGCAUGUUUAGCAUACAGCAACGGAACUGUCGAAGUAGUUUGUUUCCUAGUCGGGAGUUACAGAUUUCGGGAACUGCUUAGUGCCAGUGCAUGGUGCCUCCAGAGGGUCAGAUGUGCAGUGUAAGAAUUGCCGAUGAGUGGGCCUGAGUGCUACCGCUGGAAUCGUGUGUCCGUCGAGGAUGGCCUCAAUGGCGCCAUCGGACUCAACGACGGAGUCUACACAGAGGCACGAGUCAGAUAUUUACACCAGAACAGGAUGGGUAGACGCAGAUAUCGCCUUAGGACAAUUGGACCAGGGGAAAGCACAAGGCGAUCGGGGAAUUCUGUGGGUACGAGGUCGAAUUCAGCAGCAACUUUAUGUCCUAGGGAGGAUCCUAGACACGCAUGCUGGGAAAGUCCUCUUCGUGAGUAUUCUAGCCAUCUCGACCUUCUUGGUAGGUCUGAAGAGCAUGACCUUCCAUUCAGACAUCGAGUUGUUAUGGUCAGAGCCCUCAACCAUGCCCGACACUUUGCCUCCAGAGAUGCUAUCCACUCAUCAGAUGGUUCUUCAGACAGGAUUAGAUCCGGACGUGGACCUCUUGAAUCCCCACGGCCUCCUUGAACAUUUAGCCUUAGUACAGAAAGCUACGCAAGUUACUGUUACAAUGUAUGAUAUUACCUGGCGACUCAAAGACUUCUGCCAAUCACCUAGUAUUCCUAACUUCGAUCUCCAGUAUGUCGAGCAAAUUUUUGAAAAUAUGAUGCCCUGUUCCAUUGUUACGCCGCUAGAUUGCUUUUGGGAAGGGUCCAAACUACUCGGACCUGAAUACCCAGUUCAUAUACCGUAUGGAAUAGGUAACCAAGUAAAAUGGACCAACCUAAAUCCUAGCGAGCUAAUUUCCCAAAUAAAGUUAAAAGAAUCCCAAUUCGACUACCACUCUUUAGAAGAUUAUUUGAAGCGUGCUGGAAUCACCACGGGAUACCAGGAAAAACCUUGCCUUAACCCCAAAGAUCCCGAAUGCCCUGAUACUGCCCCUAAUAAGAACCACACUCACCCACCAGAUAUUGGAGCCGAGCUUACCAGUGGCUGCUAUGGUUUUGCUGCUAAAUACAUGCAUUGGCCAGAGGAUCUCAUAGUAGGAGGGAUUCAGAAAAAUAAAACUGGUCACAUAAAGAAAGCCAAAGCUUUACAAACUGUCGUUCAACUAAUGGGAGACCACGAACUGUAUGAGUUUUGGUCAGAUAAUUAUAAGGUACAUCACAUAAGUUGGAGUAAAGAAAAAGCUACUACAGUUUUAAAUGCAUGGCAAAAAAAGUUUGCGGACGAAAUUGACCGGUUGACGAAAAGUAAUCCGGCUUCUUCAUACAUUUUCUUCACUUUUUCAACAGCAAAUGUUAACAAGUUAUUGAAGGAAUAUUCUCGCACCGAUCUGCUUAAGUUGGGGAUUGUUUUGGCAGUGGCUUGUAUAUAUGGUUGGGUUGCUCACUCACCAAUUGCCUCCAUAGGUGUUCUAGUCUUAGCAAGCUCUACAGCAGCUGCACUUGGCGUGUGUAGCCUGAUCGGGCUUCCUAUGAACCUUUUAAGUACUCAAGUGUUACCCUUUAUAACAGUAGGACUGGCUAUGCGUGAAAUGUUCCUUAUUUUAUCGACUCAUACUCGAAAACUGUUACCCGCGGAAGUGUUAAAACGGACAGGACCUAAUAUUAUAUCCGCAGCUCUUAUAAACUCUGGUGCUUUUGUAGCUGCUGCAAUUUUACCCAUACCCGCGUUGAGAGUGUUUUGUUUACAGUGCGCGAUUAUGAUCGUGUUCCAUGGAACGACUCUUCUCCUCAUUUUUCCUGCUUUUUUGGCUCUGCAGCAAAGAUGUAAAAAAUCCGAUGUUCCUUGCUUCAAAUCAGACACCAAAGUCAAAAUGGUCAACAAUAACAAUAAUUCCGAUGUGGAACAUGGGAGUAAUUUAUUGACAACAGAACAAGUAUGUCAACACAAAAAAGGACUGAUAUCUUGGUGUGUAACAAGAUACUUGACUACAGUGUUAUUCAGAUCAUUCAUGAAGGUGUUAAUGAGUGUUACAUAUGCGGUAUUAAUAGUUUUUUGUGUAUUUAAUGGAUUAAAAUUAGAAUUUGAUGUAAGACUGUCCACAUUUUUGCCAAAAGUGACUCAGGAGUAUAAAUACUUAGAGGCACAGAAUACUUAUUUCGGGUUUUACAAUUUUUAUUUGGUUACCACAGAACUGGAAUAUCCGCUGAAUCAACCGAUUUUGUAUGAAUAUCAUUCCUCUUUGACUCAAGUUCCUUAUGUUUUAAAAGAUUCAAAUGGUGGUCUCAAUAUGAACGACUUCUGGCUGGCAAAUUUUAGAGAUUUUCUGAUUGAUUUGCAACAAGAAUUCGACUACAAUAGAAACAGUAGUUGUCUAAAUAGCGAGAAGUGGUUCCCUAAUGCCACCGAAAAAGCAGUAUUAGCCUUCAAACUACUCUCACAGACUGGAGUUGUACAAUAUCCUGUAGACAAGAGUCAAAUAUUUAAGAAAAGACUGGUUCGUAAUAAUAUUAUAGAUCCUAAAGCUUUUUACAAUUAUUUAUCAGUAUGGAAUAGUAAUGAUCAAAUUUCCUAUUCAAGCUCACAGGCUAACUUAACGCCUAAACCAUUUCAGUACUAUAGUUCCAAAGCCGAAUAUGAUUUAAAAAUUCCUAAAUCACAACCACUUGUAUAUACCCAAAUGCCGUUUUACCUCAAAAAUUUGAGAAGUACUUCAAAUGUUAUCAGUGCUCUCAAGCAAAUCAAGGAUAUAUCCGAGCAAUUUAAUAACAGAGGCUUAAAAAAUUAUCCAGUAGGUCUUAUAUUUGCUUAUUAUAACCAGUUCCUUCUUAUUGAUCGACUACUAGCUGCUCAAUUUGCGUUAACUCUUAUUUCUGCUGCAAUAGUGGCAUUUGUUCUUGUUCAGUGGAUAAAACUUUGGUGCGCUCUAUUCAGUACCUUGGUGUGUCUAUUAUUGCUUUGUCUGAUGAAUGUUAAUGCUCUAAGUGGUACUCUGGGAGCUCUUCACUUUAUAAUAAUAAGUAGGAAUAUAUUUUUGAUUUUAACAGGGUACCUUAGUGCUAUCGGUAGCAGAGAGCGUAGAGUAAGACUAUCCUUAGAAGUAAACGCAGAGCCAAUCCUAAAAGGGGAUAUUGGACUUUUGAUAUGUGCAUCAGUAUUAGCAACUUCUCAGUUUGAAUUUAUCCAUUACCACAUAUUUAUGUUGAUAUUACUCUCGGUUUGUGGAUCUUUGGCCAAUUCGUUCAUAUUCUUUCCGCUGUUCCUUGCUUUACUAGGCCCAAGAGCUGAAUUACAACCUCUUGAGCAUACAGAUCGUAUCUCUACUCCUCCACCUUCUAUUCCUUCUCCUCUUCCUACAAGAAAUUCAUCAUUUUCAAAGCCUCCCAAGCGCAGUAGUUCAAAUAAGACUACAAGAGAACCAAGUCUCACCACCAUAACUGAGGAAAGUUGUAACCAGAGCAUUGUAGUGGAACCACAAGUUACUGUUGAGUACAGCAGUCCUGAAUCAAGUUCAAGUGGUCCUUUUACUACAAAAGUCACUGCCACCGCUAAUAUAAAAGUAGAAUUAGUUGCCCCUGUAUAUAGGUCCAGUAAAUGCAACAAUAAGUGUCACCGAUCGUUUAAGUGUGACAGGCGGAAAAGACAAGAUUCGGAUAAACAGAAACAGCAGUGCCGGUGCUGUAAAGACUCAAAUAGUAGUGAUAGUAAUACCGAGACUGAUCAGUGUCCUAGUAGCUAGCAUUUCGUUACCAUUUAAGCAAUCAGUGUAAAAAUGUUUAUAUUGAAUAUAUGUAUACCACAUUUAUUUAUUUAAAGAUGAACCAUGUAUAAUAGCGAACUAAUUUUAAUUAAUAUAUUUGUGGGUGAAUGUGGAGACAUGCACAAAUUAAUUAACGGAUAAUUUAUUAAUGUUUAUUUGCCUUACUAUAGUUCCAUUUUUAUAUCAUUGUUGUAAAAGACUUUUCUUUGUUCAUUAACAAUACAAGGACGUAUAUAAAAUUUUGGGCAAGUAUAAUCAUUAAUAGAAUAUCAUCUCGUCUCCAAAGUGCCUGCCAAAAAUGAUUCACUUUUGUAAAUUACCUACAUAGUCUAUUUACCUGAUCCGUGGAAUAUACUCAACAAAUAUUAUUAGAUGUAAAAUAUAUAGUUUAUAUCAGGCAGGCUCAAAUCCGUUACCCUUCCAAUGAAGAGAUAAUUACAAUUUAGUGAUUUUUUUAAUACAAGUAUGUGACCAAAAAGUAUAGUAAGACAUUAAUGAAAAUAUCUUUGUGCAAACUGUUAUAUGAAUGUGUUCUAAAAAAAUACGUUUUCUAUUAUUUUACGAGAAUUAAACCAACAAAUUGAUACUUGCAUAUUGGAGAUAGGCGUAAUGAAAUAUUAAAAUACGUAAAUAUUGUAAAUUCCGUUAAAUUAUAUGGCCCCUGUAUGUGCCAUUUUCGAUUGAAAAAUUAAACAAACUUACAAUGAAGUAAAAAACUUUUGUAUAAUGGUAUAUUUUUUAUUAAAAAAUAAUUUAUUAUAAUCGAUUUAUUAUAUUUUAUUCAAAAAUAUGUAUACCGAAUUAACACCGAAUAUAAAUUUACGAUUUAUUAUAUCUUACUGAUGAUAUAUUUAUCUCAUCGUCGUACAUAUCACAACCAUUUGUAUAUGUUUAAUAAUCUGGUAACCCAGAUCUACUUAUGAAACCUUUCAAUUUGAUAUAUUAUUUGCCAUUAAUUAUUAUGUACUACAAUGCCAUCUCGUUUAAUAAUGAAAAACUCUUUGAACAAUUGCCAAUAAAUAAUACACAUAAAUAUUUUUGUGCAAUUUAGAAGUUUCGGAUUUGUUAUUUUGGUUAUAUCAACAACUUUUAUUGUGCGUGAUAUCACAAGACCCACCAGUUCUGUAUUUUCGCCAUUUACUUUGUAAAAAUUCGAUACCAAUAGUUUAAGAAUUGUAUUUGGUUCCAUAUUAUUUAUAUUAUUGUUUAAGUAAAUAUUUUGACACAA